AUGGAAUCGUGCCCAGAAUGCGGCAGCACGGAGAAUAUCGUGCUUACGAGAUCAGUUCUCCAGUGCCGGUCGUGUGGCAUCUCUAGAUGCAGGCUGUGCAAGAACAUGUGGAACGUCGACCACAGAUGCGCCACUUCCGUGGCAUUGGCCCGAUCUUGGGAAGACUUCAAAGAUGUGGCGACCUAUGAGAUGCAGUUGAGGCCUUUAGGUUUCAAGCGCUGUCCGGCCUGCCAACUUGCAUGUGAGAAGCAAGACCCCUUGUCUUGCGACCACAUCACCUGUGUUUGUGGGCAUGAGUUCUGCUGGAUGUGUGGCGAAGAUCGUCGGGUAAUCAAGGCUCACGACAACAGCUACCAUCACAAGCGCUGCCCGUUCUAUGAGCCUUGCGAUGAGAUACCACGGCUGGAGAAGAAUUGCCCAGUUUGCCAAGCAACUGGAGUGCCGUGCUUGCGUCCUCCCCAAGCACAUGCAGCACGCAGGGCAGCGAUCAGACAACAAGCUCUUGGUCUGGAGGUGCGGCGCUUAAGAGAGGGCAUGGAGCAGAGUGAUGGAGCCAUCAUCACGGAGAAGACAGAGGCAGUGCAGAGACCCGAGCACCCCUUCAACUUGGAGGCACUCUCGCAGCUGCUUUGCGGUGGUCCGCUGGCGUCUUGCUGUAGGGUGUUGAAUUCUGAUCCACCAGCCCGCCGCUGA